AGAGUGACGUGCUGAGCUACUCACUCUGAAAUCGAAAGUAAGGGAAGAAGGACCGGAUUAAGAUAAUCAGCUUCACACACCGUCGGAAAAAAGCUGCAAAAAGGGGCAAGUCUAAUGACCCAUCCUGAAGAUGGUGAAAAAGGAACGAUUUUGGCUCAUCCUCAUGGGGGAGGAGUGGACAGGAAAGAGCUCGGCUGGAAACACCAUGCUUGGCCAAACUGUAUUUAAAGUUGAUAGUGAUACAGAGCAUGUAAUGCAGAGCUUCGGGGUCAUCGAGGGUAGAGAUGUGACCGUGGUAGACACUCCCGGAUGGGAUUCAGAAUGUUCCCCAGAUGUUCCACUCAAAAUGCUGAAGAAAGCACACAACUCUGCCGUGGGUCAAGGGUUCCACGUCCUGCUGCUGACUAUCCCCAUUUCCCAAAACCAAGAGUGGAACCAGAAAGUUGCACAAAGGCUGUCGAAUGCGCUCACCCUAUUCAACGAUGAUACAUGGAAACACACCAUGAUUCUGUUCACCAGAGCUGACCUUCUGCAUCACACAGGAUUGGAGGGAUAUCUGAAAGGUAGCGGGCAGCCCUUCCAGAGUUUGCUGGAAAAGUGUGAGCACAGGUACCAUGUACUUAACAACUGCAAACGGAAUGAUCACGAGCAAGUCAGGGAGCUGAUGGAAAAGGUUGAGCAGAUGGUCCAAGAAAGCAAUGGUCAAUCAUUGCAAUUGGUUAUGAGUGAACAGGAAGUGGGCACAUUGAGAGAGCAUGAGAUGAAUUCACUGAGAAACAACAGGCAGUUGGUGGAAAGAUGCACAAAGAUGGAGGAACACAUAGGGAGGGAAAGCGGCUUCAGAUUAGAAGACCACAUGUUUAAAUCACUGCCACCAGUGAAAAAUGACCCACCAAUGACCCAUCCUACUGAUCAAAGUGAGCUUCCAGAAGAAAACAGCACAUGCGUUUUGCGAUCUACAUCUGACCUUUGCUCAGAAAGCCCUGCUGAAAUAAUCAGAGAUCUGGCCAUGAGCAGUGAUGAUGAUGGUGAUACAGAAUCGAUUAAUGUAGAUCAGACUGAAAAGAAUACCUGUACAGAGGUAGAGGAAACAGGCAUAGAUCGAAAUCCCAGAGAUGAAGAAAAGAACAAAAAACAUGUACAGCAUGCACCAUUGCAAAGAAACACUCCUCAAACCUGGGACAUCCAGUGGGACUUGAGCAUUACUUGUUACAUUUAUAGCGAAGAAAGUGUUCUGAUGACUUGUGUUCUUCAGUUCUCUGUCUGCUGGAGAAAACUGAAACCAUCAUGUGAGAGAGAUUGGAUCUCUUUCACAGUGUGCAGUGAUAAUAUUUUCUGGAUAUAUAUCAUGGUUUUGUACCUGUUUGUGAGAUAUUUAUGUCUGAUAUAUGAAACCUAUGGAGUAUCCAAAGAAACAGGUAAUCAGAACAUGAACACACUGGUCUCUGGGUUUGUUGAACGCCAGCAAAAACCAAGCAAAGAAAACCCGGGAGCUUUUCACUCAUUGCUGUGGCAGAUCAGCAACAACAGGCCUAAAGAGGUAACCCAAUGCAGCAACAUGGAGGAUGAUGAAGGAAUCCCACAACACAGCACAGGAGGUAAAGAUGAAAAGAUGAAGAAAGGUGAGGAUGAAGAGUUACCCCAACACAGUCAGAAAGGUGAUGAUGAUGAUGAAGAAGAAGAUGAUAAAGAAGAACAAUCUCAACAAAUCAUAAAAGCUAAUGAUGAGAUACCCCAUCAGAGCAAGAGGGGUGAUAAAGAGAUACCUCAAUAUGACGGUAAUGAGGAGGGUGAAAAUAUCCUCCAACAAAGAAAGCAGGUAGACGAUGACCAUGUACUCCAACAUAGUAUAAAGGGGGAUGUGAAACAUGUACUCCAAAAUAACAAAACAGAUUAUGAAGAGACAAACCAACAGAGCAACGCAGAUGAGGAGGAAGAGCUACUCAAACUUAAAAGAACGGAUGAUAACAUAUGCCGAAACAACAAUAGGCAUGGGAGGAUGAAAAAGAUACACAGAAAGACCAAAAUGGUGGAAUAUGAGAACACACCCGAACACAGCCAGAGGGGACAUACGGAGGAAAUGCUGCAACAUAACAGCAAAGCUGAUUAUGAAGAAAUACCCCAACAGAGCAAGAGAUGUAAAGAUGAAGAGCUAUCCAAACAUGUCAUCAAAGACAUGGAAGAGAUAUGCCAGAACCACAGGAGGGGCUACAAGAAAGAGAUACCCCAGUAUAACACAAGAGGUUAUGAGGAAGAGAUACCUCAAAGUAACAUAAGAGGUUAUGAGGAAGAGAUACCUGAAAUUAACAGAAAAGCUUCCAAGAAAGAGAUACCUCAAAGUAACAGAAGAGAUUAUGAGGAAGAGAUACCUCAAAGUAAAAGAAAGGCUUGCAAGAAAGAGAGACCUCAAAGUAACAGAAGAGGUUAUGAGGAAGAGAUAACUCAAAGUAACAGAGGGGGUUAUGAGGAAGAGAUACCUCAAAGUAACAGAGGGGGUUAUGAGGAAGAGAUACCUCAAAGUAACAGAGGAGGUUAUGAGGAAGAGAUACCUCAAAGUAACAGAGGAGGUUAUGAGGAAGAGAUACCUCAAAGUAACAGAGGGGGUUAUGAGGAAGAGAUACCUCAAAGUAACAGAAGAGGUUAUGAGGAAGAGAUACCUCAAAGUAAAAGAAAGGCUUGCAAGAAAGAGAGACCUCAAAGUAACAGAAGAGGUUAUGAGGAAGAGAUACCUCAAAGUAACAGAGGGGGUUAUGAGGAAGAGAUACCUCAAAGUAACAUAAGAGGUUAUGAGGAAGAGAUACCUCAAAUUAACAGAAAAGCUUGCAAGAAAGAGAUACCUCAAAGUAACAGAAGAGGUUAUGAGGAAGAGAUACCUGAAAUUAACAGAAAAGCUUCCAAGAAAGAGAUACCUCAAAGUAACAGAAAAGCUUCCAAGAAAGAGAUACCUCAAAGUAACAGAAGAGGUUAUGAGGAAGAGAUACCUCCAUGUAAAAGAAAGGCUUGCAAGAAAGAGAGACCUCAAAGUAACAGAAGAGGUUAUGAGGAAGAGAUACCUCAAAGUAACAGAGGGGGUUAUGAGGAAGAGAUACCUCAAAGUAACAGAGGAGGUUAUGAGGAAGAGAUGCCUCAAAGUAACAGAGGAGGUUAUGAGGAAGAGAUACCCCAAUGUAACUGGCUGACAGAUGAUAAAGAGAUACUCCAAUGUAACAGGAACAGGGAUAAUGAAGAGACAGCGAAGCACAGCAGGAAAACAUGUAAUGAGGAGAUACAACAUCACCAAAGGAAGGGGAAGAAUGGAGACACAUACCAACAGUGGAAGAGUGCUCAUGAUCAUGAGAUGCGUGGGCUAGAAGAUGGUAAAGAUAUACCCGAGCAAUGCAGGAAGAGAGCCAGUUAUGAGAUACCACAACACAGAAGAAAGAGGAUUGAGAAAGAUAUACCUCAACACACCAGCGUGUGGGACGCUGAAGAGAUUAAAGAGGCACCGGAACAACAAGUAGAGGGAAUAGUUGAAAUAAGGGGUGCUAAUAAAAAAAUACACCACAAAUGGUACAGAUAUCAACACACCAAAGAUGUCAACAACUUUGCAGAUGCGGGAGAAGAGGACACAAGACAGCAAGGAGGUUUUAGUAAAAGGAGCAGAACCAAGAGUCUGGAACGAUUUAUUGUGUUUUACAUGCUGAUUUCACUUAUACCAGUGCCACAUGCUCAAGGGAGUCCUAAAGCUGUGGUGUCCAUAGAGCCUGAUACACAUCUGUACAGAGGAGAGACUGUUAUAUUCAGAUGUGACAUACAGGGAGGAGGAGGCAAUAAGUGGACAUACAGCUGGUAUAGGAAUAAUAACACACUCCACUUUCCUGUAUUUGACAUGUUAGAUUAUGACAGGAGAAUGCAGGAUAUCAGUAUCUGGUAUGUUAGAGACUCUGACAGUGGUAACUACACCUGCAGAGGACAGAGGAGUGACUCUCAGAGCUCAGAGAUCAGUGAUGCUGUUACUCUGACUGUAUCAGCAGAGAAACCACAGGUAGUACUGAGUGUAUCUCCACAGAGCUGGCUGACUGAAGGAGACUCAGUGACUCUAAACUGUGAGAUUACAAACUCCUCAACAGACUGGAAAUUCAGCUGGUACACAGGUGUUCCCUACAGAAUAAAAAGAGACCGUUAUGGUGAUAUUAUCUAUGGAGACUCCUACACUAUCAGUCCUGCUGCUCUUAAACACACAGGAGUUUAUGUGUGCAGAGCAGAGAGAGAGGAACGAGUUUAUCACACACGUUACAGCAAUGAACAACCACUAUGGAUCACUGGUGAAUCUCCUCCAGUCUCUCUGAUCAUCAAUCCCAACAGAACUCAACACUUUACUGAUGACUCUCUCUCACUGAACUGUGAGAAACAGAGUAACUCUACUGGAUGGAGAGUGAUUCGAUACACACUCAGAGCGAUAGUGUCAGACUGUUCAUGGUGGGGAUCAGUUACAGGAUCUACAUGUAAAAUCAGCUUCCUCUCCACAUCCGACACUGGAGUUUACUGGUGUGAGUCUGAAUCUGGAGAAAACAGUAAUCCUGUCAACAUCACAGUGAAUGUGUCAGGUCCAUCAGGUGUAGAAGCUCCAUUCUCAGUGCUCAUGCUGAUCAGUAGUGUAGUGACGGCCUCUCUGCUGGUGACCAUCAUUCUGCUGGUCAAAUGUUACAGAGCUCGAGCUCACACUGGUGAAUACAGAAUCCAGAACGCAGUCAUGGAGGAGUGAGCAAAGUUCAUCUAUAAAAAGAGGACCCGUUUAAUGUAGAAAUCAUUUCAUAAUUGCUUUAGAGUCAUUUUGUGGAUUGUAAAUAAUACUGAUCUGUCGCUUUAACAUCAUGCUGUUUGUAGCUCAGCAUCUUACACGCACUCGUCUUUCUGACUGGAUUUGUUUAGCUGAAGCCUGCAAACGUCCUCAUGAGGUGAAAGUGAACGUGUGUUUAGUCUCUAAUAAAGCCUACAUGUUGCUAAUGCAAAAACACGUCUGAAAUAAAUGUGUCUGCUAUUGGAGUGAGUUUCAUCCCAACAUGGUGACCUGCACAUUACAACCUCAAAACGCUUCAUGUUACAUUACUGAUGAACAUUUUGGUGUGCGUUAUUGAGAGCAGACUCGAGGUGUGUAUUUUAUAUUUGUUUUGAUUUUUCUUUUCAGCUGUGUGAACUUUAAUUGAAGUUGUGUGAGGAGAUGUGUGGUUGGAAUGUUUUGUUCAGUUAAAACCUUCAAACAAAUGCACCAGUAUCGAUGAAGACUAUGUGCACAAUAUAUAAUAAGGGUUAUAUAUCAUUUUGUUCACUGCGUUAGUUAACCUGG